AUGGGCCCCUCGGUCCGCUCUGGGAUUACUGUGUGCCUGGCCCUGGCCUUGGCCCAGCUGCUCACCGUGACCUGCCAGGAAGAGACCACGACAGAAAACUGCACCGUCGAGGGAGAAGUCCACCAACACAACGACAUCUGGAAACCGGAGCCGUGCCGCGUGUGCGUCUGUGACGCCGGCGUCGCCGUGUGCGAUGACGUGAAGUGUGAGUCUGUGUCCACCUGUCAAAAGGUCGUGACCCCGGAGGGAGAGUGCUGCCCCGUGUGCAGCGACAGCUUCGCCAGCGCCAGCAGGAGGAUCGAAAUCAUGGGCUUCAAGGGAGAGAAAGGUGAACCUGGUGAUAUUCCAUAUGUGGUCGGUCUGCCUGGACAUGUGGGACCAGCGGGUCCUCCUGGAGGUCAGGGCAACACUGGACCAAGAGGCUUUAAAGGCAGACGGGGCUUCGCGGGACCCCCAGGUUUUGACGGCGAGCCCGGCGUACCAGGAAAUCCAGGACAAUCAGGCCCCCCCGGCCAAAUGGCUCCCCCUGGGGGAGCCCUGGCGUCUCAGAUGGCCUUAGGGUUCGGUGAGAAGUCCAGCGUGGCUGGGAUGGUGACGGGAACAAGGCUGGACCACGAGGACCUCCAGGAAUCAACGGAGCACAAGGGCCGAGUGGCGGUCAGGGAAUGCCAGGAGACGCUGGAGAUCCAGGACAGAUGGGUGAGCCGGGUCCUCGAGGACCAGACGGGCCUGCAGGGAAAGCCGGACUUGACGGAGAAUCUGGAGCAGCCGGGUGCACGAGGGUUCCCAGGACUCCCAGGUCUCCCAGGACUGAAAGGUCACAUGGGAAGCUCUGGUCUUCUCGGGUCGAAAGGUGAGACCGGAACAGUUGGAACGAAGGGUUCGUCUGGUUCUCCUGGUACGAUGGGAGCUCCUGGUCCACUGGGACCAGCGGGUCUGCAGGGGGAGCGAGGCCGAGCCGGCCCGACCGGACCUCUGGGGAAACGUGGAGCGUCCGGACAUGUCGGCAAACCAGGUCCUCUGGGUCCACUGGGAAUCACCGGUGUACCAGGAUUUCCCGGGAACCCAGGAAUGAAGGGCGAAGCGGGACCGAGCGGAGUGAGAGGGAGUCCAGGACAGCAGGGAUCCAGAGGGGACGCCGGACAUGUCGGACCCCAGGGGCAAACAGGACAACAGGGUCUGGGAGGCGUUCAGGGUCCGGUGGGUUCGCCUGGGCCCCCCGGUGCCGCUGGCCCCCAGGGGACGACAGGAGGAGACGGACCCAAGGGCCAAUUGGGUGACGUCGGACUGGCUGGAUUUAAAGGAGACACUGGAUUCAAGGGAGAAAGAGGCGACCACGGGGUCCAGGGACCGCUGGGCCCGAUGGGAGAGGACGGCAAGCGCGGCCCCCGAGGAGACGGAGGGUCCCUCGGACUUCCAGGACCUCAAGGAGAGACGGGAGCUCCAGGAAACAGAGGUUUCCCCGGUGGUGAUGGUUUACCAGGCCCAAAGGGAGCUGUGGGUGAGAGAGGGGGGCUUGGAUCAGGUGGUCCCAAAGGGUUAGAAGGAGACGUGGGACGCGGUGGAGAGCCGGGUUUAACAGGAGCUCGGGGUCUGACCGGACUCAUCGGAGCUCAGGGAGCGGAGGGGAAACAAGGACCCAUGGGCUCAGCAGGAGACGACGGCAAACAAGGCCCAGCUGGUUCCACGGGAGGCCGAGGACCUGCAGGAGCGAUGGGGCUGCCGGGUCCCAAGGGCUUCGCUGGUUCUGCAGGAAAGCGAGGAGAGGGGGGACCCCAGGGACUCCAUGGCUUCCAGGGUUUGCCCGGACUGCCAGGUUCACCCGGAGAGUCAGGAAAACCCGGUGCUGAGGGAGAGAGAGGCGCUCCGGGAGAAAGAGGUGAAAUCGGCCCCAAUGGGGGGCUGGGACCCAAAGGUGGUCCAGGUGGAACAGGACACGACGGGCCAAAGGGAAGCUCUGGUCCAGCGGGUGGUGUUGGUGAACCGGGGGGUCCAGGACUUCAGGGGAUGCCAGGAGAGAGAGGGAUACCCGGACCUUCAGGCCCGAAAGGAGAUGGUGGUUCUGUUGGAGACAAAGGUCUGGAGGGUAAAGCCGGAUCUGAUGGUGCACGGGGACUUCCUGGUUCUGUUGGACCCGUCGGCUCCGGUGGACCCAACGGAGACAAGGGUGAACCCGGCUCCGCAGGACCGACAGGACGCAGAGGAACCAGGGGAAUCGCUGGGGUUGAUGGUCAGGCCGGGGUCAAAGGUGAAACCGGUGAGCAAGGCCUGAAGGGAGAAGUGGGACCAUUCGGACCCCAGGGGACGGCCGGGAAACCAGGAACACAGGGACCUGUUGGUGUAACUGGACUGAAAGGAGGCAGAGGAACUCAGGGUCAAACAGGCUCUGCUGGUUUCCCCGGUUUGCCCGGAGGAGUUGGACCAGCUGGUUCUCUCGGAGCUGUGGGGGCAGAUGGAGCCGUGGGAGCUCCAGGAAAGCAAGGCCCCGGUGGUGUUCACGGAGAGAGCGGAGCCACAGGACGUCAGGGGGAGUCGGGACCCUCGGGACCCUCGGGCAGCCCUGGAGAGAAGGGAGACUCUGGAGAGGACGGUCCCUCGGGGCCUGACGGACCCCCAGGACCUGCAGGAGCCUCGGGACAGCGAGGCGUCGUGGGUCAGCCGGGACUCCGAGGAGAGGGAGGCAUGCUGGGACUUCCAGGUCCUGCUGGUCCACCAGGGAAAUCUGGAACCCCUGGAACACAGGGCGGCAAAGGGCCCGCUGGUGGAGUUGGUUUACCAGGAGCCACCGGACCCAGAGGAGACGCCGGCCCCGAGGGUGUUGCCGGAGCAGAGGGGUCCCCUGGUAAAGACGGUCUUCUAGGAGCCAGGGGAGACAGAGGAACUGCAGGUCCAGAAGGUCUGGCUGGUGUCGGCGGGUCUCCUGGGGAAGAGGGUCCGGUGGGAUUCACCGGCGGUCCAGGAGAAAUUGGUGAAUCUGGCGCCAAAGGCUCCGCUGGACCCCAGGGACAACCCGGAGUACGGGGGAAAGCGGGCCCUCAAGGACCACAAGGAGAGAAGGGGACCAUUGGAGAGCAGGGAGAGAGGGGACAGAAGGGACACAGAGGUUUCACCGGUCUCCACGGCCUCCCGGGAAUAACUGGGGCCACAGGAGAUUCAGGACUUACAGGUAUUGUUGGACCAGCUGGACACAGGGGCCCUCCAGGAGUGUUGGGUCCCGCAGGAAACGAAGGGAACAUCGGUCAGCCCGGACCAAUGGGAGCUCCCGGGAGCCGAGGAUCCAGCGGAGACAUCGGAGCUCAGGGUCCACCAGGUGAUGCCGGACCCUCCGGCCCUCCCGGCCCCCCGGGACCUCCCUCUGCGCUGAUGGAAGACCUCAUGGUCGGCCCCAUGGAUUACGACGGGAACGGCGACGCGUUCUUCGAGCCGGAGCUGAAAGAUGAAGCCCUUCCCAAUAAGAACGCUGCCGCCCUCCGCACAGACACCGGCGUCCACGCCACGCUGAAGACCCUCAGCGGACAUCUGCAGAACCUGCGCAUUCCUGACGGCAGCAAGAUGAACCCAGCGAAAACCUGCCAGGACAUCAAGCUGUGCUACCCCCAGAAGAAGAGCGGUGAGUACUGGAUCGAUCCAAACCAAGGCAGCACCAAAGACGCCAUCAGGGUCUUCUGUAAUAUGGAGAACGGUGAAACCUGCAUCUCCGCCAAUCCGGCAAACGUUCCCCGCAAAGCCUGGUGGACGAAAUCAAGUCCCAGCGCCAACAAACCCGUGUGGUUCGAAGCCACCAUGAACGGUGGAAUCAAGUUCGCCUACGGGAACGGGGAGGAGCUGCCCAAUGCGGUGGCCGUUCAGAUGAAGCUGCUGCAGCUUCUGUCCACGGCGUCGCACCAGAACCUCACCUACCACUGCAGGAACAGCGUGGCGUACAAAGACGCCCAGAGCAGCAACCUGAAGAAAGCUCUGGUCCUCAAAGGCGCCAACGGCCAGGAGCUGAGAGCGCAGGGCGCCAACCGCCUCCGCUACACCGUCAUCGAGGACGGCUGCUCGGAAUCAAAUGGAAACUGGGGCAAGACAGUGAUCGAGUACAGGACUCAAACCUCGGCCAGGCUGCCCAUCAUGGACUUGGCCCCCAUGGACGUGGGGAAGCCGGAUCAGGAGUUCGGCCUGGACAUUGGACCCGUGUGCUUCUCAUAA